GCCUCAGUUGACGGACCGUGUUGCUCGCGAUUCCCUUUUCCCAGUCGCUGCGUCCGCGAGGUGAGAGUUAAUCCGGAAAACGGACAACUGUUGCAAGUUGCACUCUACUGACUGCAGGCUCCAGGGAUCAGGCAGCAGGAUAACGGCUCCAAUUACGGACUUAAGUGCAACAAAUUGUGGGUGUGAAAUUGAGUUAUUGCUUUGUAAGUCAAUUCUGACCCCAUUCUCACAAUAAUUGGCUUAACGUUAAAAGAAUUAGCACAAUGGCCAACUCCAAACGAAAGCUGCCCACGAAAUCCAGUGUCACAGAGGUCUCUAAUCAGAAUAAAGAUAAUCCCAGCACAACAGAAAAAUCUUCCACAGAAGUGGAUCCAACUAAAAACUCCUCCCUCCUGAGCUACUUUUUUAGAGAUUGCCUAGGACAUGAGAUGAGCAACUUCUCCAGUUUGUCCCACUUUACUAGCUGGCUACAGAGACCCGUGGAUGGAGCCGCCUUGGGAAUUUUCCGGUUGUUCUAUGGAGCAGCCAUGCUGAUUGACAUCGCAGAGGAGCGCGGUGGUGGGCAGAUGGAUGUGCGGUUUGGAGAACCACACCACUGCCAUUUCCCGCUCUUCAACGGGAUGCGGGCAUUGGCGUAUCCGCUGAUGGGUUGCUUAUAUCUGUGCAUGUGGCUGGGGGCGUGGGGCAUUAUGCUGGGCUAUCGAUUUAGAGCCAGCUGCCUGGCCUUCCUAGUGCCUUAUUGGUACAUCUUUCUGCUCGAUAAGCCCACGUGGAAUAACCACAGCUAUCUUUUCGGUCUGGUGGGAAUAUUGCUGCUCUUCACUCAGGCAGAGUCCUACUGCUCUCUGGAUAACUGGCUAAAUCCGCGGAGAGGUCGCUGUAUUCCUUACUGGAAUUACUUCAUAAUCAAAUUUCAGUUUUUCGUCCUGUACAUGUAUGCUGGUCUCAAAAAGUUCUCCCUGGAGUGGCUAUCGGGUUAUGCGAUGUCCAAUCUCAGCCAUCACUGGGUUUUCGCUCCUUUUCGCCAAGUUAUUGAUCCCGACCUGAUUGACCUACUUAUCGUGCACUGGUUCACCGCCUUUUUCGACCUGUCUAUAGCCUUUUUCAUGACCAUUGAAAAGACGCGUCUACUGGUCACUCCUUUUAUGCUCAGCUUCCACCUUAUGAACUCACGACUGUUUGUAAUAGGCAUGUUUCCGUGGGUGUGUCUGGCCGAAGUCCCGCUUUUCUUCAGCUUCGACUGGCCCAGGAGGAUAAGCGACCGAUCGAAGACACCCCUUCCCGAACCACCAGUAGCAGUAAAUGAGGUGUCCAAGCCGGGAAUCCUCGCCAGGCUGCGCACGUGCCUUAUCCUCGGCUACUGCGGACUGCAGCUCUUCCUGCCCUACUCGCACUUUAUCACCAAGGGGUAUAACAACUGGACAAAUGGACUGUACGGCUACUCCUGGGACAUGAUGGUGCACUCAUACGAUACGCUGCAAACCUCCAUCCAGGUGGUGGACAACGAGAGUCACCAGGUGCACAACUUGAAUCCGUAUGCCUUUACGGAGUACGAUCGCUGGACGAAAUAUGCGGAUAUGGCUGUUCAGUAUGCCAGAUGCAUCGAGGAGAACAUCCGGGUAGGACAGCCAGAGAUGUCCAAAAACAUCUCCAUCUAUUUCGACAUCUGGUGCUCCAUGAACGGUCGCUUCCAGCAGCGCUCCUUCGAUCCGCGUGUGGAUCUCCUCCGGGCCAAGUGGUCGCCCUUUGAGAGCACCUCCUGGUCGCUGCCGCUGCUCAACGAGUUGAACCACAUGCGACCCAAGCUGCGAACCAUUGAGACUGAGGUGCUUGCUUGGAACAACUACUCCGAUGUGAUCUUCGUGGCAGAUUUCCCCGGACUUACAUUGACCAACUUUAUCUCACCGGAGCUUAUUAACUGCACUCUGACCAUCCUGGAGGGCAAUGUGCGGUACAGAAACGUACGGGACUAUGAGGCCUACUUUCUGACCGCCGGCAAGAGCAUAGGCCUGGAGAGCAACAUAACCCACUUGGUGACCACCAUUGGACAGAAACCAGCCUCGUAUCUGUUCACGUACACGAACAAGACGAUGCUGGAGCAGGGGAUCACGAAAGAUGAGCCGGAACAGGAGGAGCGCUCCAUCCUGCCGCUGUGGAAGGAGUUCCAGCAUCGGGUGACCAACUACCAACAGUUUCUAAGCCACAUUGGCAACUGUCUGCUGUACUUGCUCUACGGUGUGCCCAUUCCGCUGGCCGCGCGGGAGAGAGAUUGA